GUGAAGGAAUGCACGCUGGACUGAAAUCACCGGUUCUUCCUUAAGGAAUCUUUAUUUGCAUUCGAAGCAGCGCUCGGGAUACCUGGCAAGUGUGAGCUCAUUUUAUGAAUCAGAAGCAUUACAGCAUCACUUCAGUGUUGGAAACUGCUGUUUGGAAUCCAGCUCAGCCUUCUUCCACCUCCAGCAUAUGCAUAGCAGUCCGGGCACUUAGAGUCCCACACCUGGGAACAGUAAGCGUUCCAGUAAGCGUUAGUGGGGCAUUGGUUAAGAUUCCAGAGCCAUCUGACCCACUCACACACACCCACGCUCUCCCCCGCACUAGAACACCACUCCUGCCUGGUGUGUGGAUGGUCACUGAUGGUUGGAGCUAACCUGCGUUUGAGCUGUGUAACUUUGGGUACUGCUUACCCUUUUGAACCUGUUUCAUCUCUUGAAAAAUGGGGGUGAGCUAAGACUUCACUGGGCUGCUGCGAAGGUUAAACAAGAGCACGCUUGCAGCGACUGGUGCACAGCUCUCGGUGGAACAUAAUGAGCUGGGAAGGGUAGGCGCCUCUCCAACAAGAGGAAGGAAGAGCCAGCAGCUCCCCCCUCCGUGUGCACGACUGCAUCCUUCAGCAUCUUCCUCUGUCUCUUCUCUGCCCCUACUGGCUUCUGGACUGGCACCAAGCUUCCAGCAGGACCUUCCUCCAGGGCAUGGGCAACUGGUGACACAGGUCUCACAGCUGCCCCCACCCCCCACUGGUCACGCCAUGAACCUCCAGGCCCAGCCCAAGGCUCAAAACAAGCGGAAGCGUUGCCUCUUUGGGGACCAGGAUCCAGCCCCCAAGGAGCAGCAGCUCCCAGCUCUGCAGGCUCCCCAGCAGCCCCAAGCCCCACCACAGUCCACCAGAGUGAAGGAGGAGCCUUACUUUGGGCACGAGGGGCCGACGGGGGCCGCCCCUGCUUCCCAGCCUGUGGACCUGCCCCCUUCCAGCCUGGCCCUGCUGAACUCUGUAGUGUAUGGGUCUGAGCGGACCACAGCAGCUAUGCUGUCCCAAACAGUGGGCACCGUCAAGUGGCCCAACGCUGUGAUGGCCCCCGGGCGGGGCCCAGAGCGUGGGGCCGGGGGAGGUGUCAAUGACAGUGGGUGGCAGCAGCAGCCAGGCCAGCCUCCACCCCACUCCACAUGGAGCCGCCAUAGCCUGCCCCUCUACAGCGGACCCAAGGGGAACCCUCACCCUGCCAUCGGGGUCUCCACGUACUAUGGCCACCCUGAGGCGCUGAAGCGGGAGAAAGGAGGGGGGCCACAGGUGGACCGCUAUGGAAACGCAGUGCGACCAGUGAUGUCUCAGAAGCUGCAGCUGGAAGUGGGGCAGCCCCAGGCACCCCUGAACUCCUUCCAUGUGGCCAAGAAGCCGCCGAACCAGACACUGCCUCUGCAACCUUUUCAGUUAGCGUUCGGCCACCAGGUGAACCGGCAGGUGUUCCGGCAGGGCCCACCGGCCCCCAACCCUGUUGCAGCCUUCGCCACACAGAAGCAGCAGCAGCAGCAGCAGCAGCAGCAGCAGCAGCCGCCUCAGGCAACUCUGCCGCAGAUGCAGCUCUUCGAGAACUUCUACCCCAUGCAGCAGCCACCCUCUCAGCAGCCCCAGGACUUUGGUCUGCAGGCGGCAGGGCCUCUGGGGCAGCCCCACCUGACUCACCACAGCAUGGCACCCUACUCCUUCCCCCCCAACCCUGACUUGAACCCAGAACUGCGAAAGGCCCUCCUGCAGGAGUCAGCCACACAGCCGGUGCUACCUCAGGGCCCGAUCCCCUUCCCCCGCCGCUCCCGCCGCCUCUCUAAGGAGGGUGUCCUGCCCCCCACCGUGCUGGAUGGGGUUGGCGCCCAGCCUGGACAGGAGACUGCCAGCAACCUGUUCCUACACCACUGGCCCCCACAACAGGCACCGGCCGGCCCCCUGGGGCAGCCCCAUCCCGAGGGCCUGGCGUUCUCCAUGGAGCUGAGGGAGUCCCAGUUGUUAUCUGAUGGGGAGAGAUUGGCACCCAAUGGUCGGGAACGGGAGGUUUCUGCGUUGGGCAAUGAGGAGGGUCUUCGGGCGGUGGGCACAGGGGACUGCGGGCAGGUGCUACGGGGUGGGGUGAUCCAGAGCACGCGUCGGCGCCGCCGAGCAUCCCAGGAAGCCAAUUUGCUCACCUUGGCCCAGAAAGCAGUGGAGCUGGCCUCGCUGCAGAAUGUAAAGGAGACCAAUGGCUCUGAGGAGAAGCGGAAAAGCGUGUUGGCCUCCACUACCAAAUGUGGGGUGGAGUUUUCUGAGUCUCCCUUGGCGGUCAAACGAGCUCGAGAGGACAGUGGGCUGGUGCCCCUUAUCAUCCCCGUGUCUGUGCCCGUGCGGACGGCAGACCCCACAGAGGCGGCCCAAGCUGGAGGUGUGGACGAGCACGGGAACGGUCCCGGUCAGAACCCCACUGAGCACAAGCCAUCAGUCAUCGUCACUCGCAGGCGGUCCACGCGGUUCCCAGGGACUGAUGCCCCAGCUCAGGCCGAGGACAUGAGUGUCAAGUCGGAGGGGGAGCCAACAGUGCGGAAACCAAAGCAGCGGCUGCGUCCUGAGCCUCUGAUCAUCCCCACCAAGGCGGGCACCUUCAUCGCCCCUCCCGUCUACUCCAACAUCACCCCAUACCAGAGCCACCUGCGAUCUCCCGUCCGCCUUGCGGACCACCCCGCCGAGCGGAGUUUUGAACUGCCUCCCUACACACCGCCCCCCAUUCUCAGCCCUGUGCGGGAAGGCUCCGGCCUCUAUUUCAAUGCCAUCAUGUCAACCAGCAGCAUCCCGGCCCCUCCUCCCAUCACACCAAAGAGUGCCCAUCGCACUCUGCUCCGGUCUAAUAGUGCUGAAGUCACCCCCCCUGUGCUCUCUGUGAUGGGGGAGGCCACCCCAGUGAGCAUUGAGCCGCGGAUCAACGUGGGCUCCCGGUUUCAAGCAGAAAUCCCAUCAAUGAGGGACCGUGCUCUCGCAGCUGCAGACCCCCACAAGGCCGACUUGGUGUGGCAGCCCUGGGAGAACCUGGAGGGCAGCCGGGAGAAGCAGAGGCAAGUGGAAGACCUACUGACAGCUGCCUGCUCCAGCAUUUUCCCUGGAGCUGGCACCAACCAGGAGCUGGCUCUGCACUGCCUACAUGAGUCCAGGGGAGACAUCCUGGAAACGCUGAAUAAGCUGCUACUGAAGAAGCCGCUGCGGCCUCAUAACCACCCACUGGCAACAUAUCACUACACAGGCUCAGAUCAGUGGAAGAUGUCUGAGAGGAAGCUCUUCAACAAAGGCAUGGCCAUCUAUAAGAAGGAUUUCUUCCUGGUGCAGAAGCUGAUUCAGACCAAGACGGUGGCCCAGUGCGUGGAGUUCUACUACACCUACAAGAAGCAGGUGAAAAUUGGCCGCAAUGGCACACUAACCUUUGGGGAUGUGGAUACCAGUGAUGACAAGUUGGCCCAGGAAGAGGUUGAAGUGGAUAUUAAGACUUCCCAGAAGUUUCCAAGGGUGCCUCCUCCCAGAAGAGAGUCCCCAAGUGAAGAGAGGCUGGAGCCCAAGAGGGAAGUAAAGGAGGGAGAGGAAGAGGUGCCAGAGAACCAAGAAAAGGGGGAGCAGGAAGAGGGGAGAGAAGGAAGCCGGCGGGCAGCGGUUGUCAGAGCCGCGCAGACACUACAGGCCAAUGAGUCGGCCAACGACAUCCUCAUCCUUCGAAGCCACGAGUCCAAUGCCCCUGGGUCCACUGAUAACCAGGUGUCAGAGAAGCCAAGGGAAGGGCCAGGGAAGUCUCGGAGGGCACUGCCUUUUACAGAGAAGAAGAAAAAAAUAGAGACGUUUAAUAAGACCCAGAAUCAGGAAAACACGUUCCCUUGUAAAAAAUGUGGCAGGGUGUUUUACAAAGUGAAGAGCCGCAGUGCCCACAUGAAGAGCCAUGCAGAGCAGGAGAAGAAGGCGGCAGCCCUGCGGCAGAAAGAGAAAGAGGCCGCCGCAGCCGCCACCGCCGCCGCCACUGCAGUCAGUGCCUCCCCCCACCAUCAGGCCCUACGGGAGGAGAGUGGGGCUGGCGAGAGGGGCUGACACCUUCCCCCUGGACUCCAGCCCUCCGUGCACCAGCCUGGCCAAGCGCCUGCAAGCAGCCUGGACCCUCCAGAGACCGCAAGGAGAGAUUGAGUGGACUUUUCUCUGGAAAACAAACAAGACAGUAAAGUGAACGACUCUUUUAUUUAUAAAGGCCCCAGGAGCCGUGCCCAGACCUGCAAGAUCCAGUUGUUGUUUGCAUUUGGUCUGUUGGAAGCUGUCCUCAUGCUUUCUUGGAACCUUGAGAGCCCCGGCUCACUCGGGCUGCCCCUCUGGAGGGGCUCUAGCCACUGCCACUGCUGCCUCUCACACUGGGACCUCUGCUGCCCUGCAGUCUCUGCUGUCUCCCCUCUCCCCCUCCUCUCCCGGGGCACCUAGGCGAGCCAAGCACAAGCUGUCCCCCAUUGUAGCAUUACCCCCUUCCCCAGAGGACCUCAGAGACUGCACAGCCUUGCCCCCAGCCCCAACAAGAGGAACUCCCUGGAAAGGAGUGUGGGGCCGUCUGUCUUCUGUCUGCUGCACACGCUGUGUGGGCCCAAGCUGCUCCGGUGACCCUGUCCUCAGAGAGGCCACCUCCCUCCCGGGAGGGAGAGACAGGAGACAGGUACCUAUCCCUUUGCUGCUUGCUGAUAGCCCUGCCAGGGCUGGGCUGUGUUCUCAGAUGUUGGGGGAAGGUGCCAUUUUUCCUGUCUAAGCUCCCAGCCUGCUGGAGGGAAGGGGUGAUGUAGAGGGGGUAAGCCGAGGGCUAGGCACCCGCGGGAGUUCUCCUAAGCCCUGGCACUUGCCACUUCCCACCUUUUUUUGGCCAAAUACCUUUGGGUCCUGGAGGCUGCUGAGGAAGCUCAGUCCAGACCCAGCCUGCUUCCUCUUGGUGCGAGUCCCCUGCCUGCCUCUGUCCUGCUCUCAGCAGCCACCGCCUAAGCCCACCCUACCUGGUCCAGCUGAGCCCCCAGUUCUGCAUGCUGGAGAUUUCUGGAUCCUUCCCUGGGAGGGGGAGGUCUCCUAGCCACACUGGACAGGAGCCUUCAUUCCUUGACUUGUGUCAUUUGGGAGUUAUUUAUUUAUUCUUAGUAUUUAAUUUGUAACAUCCUCUCAGGGACCAGGGGCCUCCUGCUUUGCAGAGGCCCAAGUGCAUUUAUCCCCAAAACAACGCAUCUUCUUGGCAUCGGCAGCCCCCACUGCCACCCAUCCCCUAGGCCCUAAGGUCCUGCUCACCUCUUUGCUCUGGAAGUUCUAGGCGACUAGGAGUGACCGUAUCACUGCGAGACUAAUAGGAAUGGAGGUGAUCAGAGGCAGUUCUUGUUAACUACUUCUGCUCUGACUAUGCAUUCAGAUUGUCUGAGAGGACUGGCUGGAAGCCAGAAUCUGGUCUUUUUUUUAUGACUUGAAGAAGCCAUACUUGAUGGGGAAUCACUAAGAGGGCUGGAAGGUUUUGGAGACCCUUUCACUUGCCAGCCCCAUAGAAGAGCUGAGUUACUUUUCUGAUCUUGUUAUUCAACUUUGGGUCGUGCAAGAGAAGUUCAAGCGAAUGCAAAUAUAUGACAAGCCAACAUGUUAGGAAGGAGCAAGAUAAUAUUCAUUCUGCUAUUCCUUUGAGCUAGCCAAAAGGUAUCAUGUCAGUAGCUGGGAGUGGGGAGGGAGCUUAUUGCCGGAGUAUGCACGGUCAGGUAUCUCCAGCAUUCGUUUAUGCAGCGUGUGGUUCCACAAGAGCCCCACUCCUAACAGUAACAAAACUCCUCGCCCAGACUUCUUGACAGCCGCCUAGAGCCACUUCCCAAUUAGUUUCCUCCAUCUGCUUCAACAAGCUCAAUGUCCCAAGACUGCAGAAAUCUAGUAUGCCCUCCAGAAGCAGCAGGGCAGCAAAUUGAGGCUCUCGCUUGCAAAAUAUGAGUGCCUUCACAGCUUAGCCCCAAAGUGCUACUCCCCCCGACCCCCGGGUUUUGCUUUGCUUUUUAUUUUAUUUUAUUUUUUCCUAUUUAAACUGAAUUUGGUGUCAGGCUCGUUUGCACACGGGUGGUAACAGGUCCCUCCUUUGUCUGGAGUGAGUCUCACCUUUUCUAAGCUCAUGGGCCAGGUUAACUUAGAUGAAGAAGAUGAAGGUGGUACCUCUAUGAACCCAACCAGCUAGCAUACUCUAGAAGGCUUUGCACAGGACGAUGGAUGGAUUUCUACCUAGAAUGCAUUGUGAAAGUUAAAAUGUUCUGAGAGCAGACGCAGUUGUGGUCAGCAGCCUGCUCGGAGAGUGGGCACAGCCACAGAGGUGGGCUCAGCUUUAUUCUUUACGGUGCUUUGCUCCCAGCAGACAGGCUGGGUUCAUCUGCUUGGCUUUUUGUUCCCCUGUGUCAUUUAUUCAGAGCUCAUCACUUUAACAAGUUAAAUGACAGACACCCCCAGCUUUAUACUGUCCUCCCCACACCACCUCACAUCUCCUCUCCAUCUACACUCUGCCAAGGGCAUGGAAAAAACCUAGUGCCUGCAUUCCAGACCAUUUCUGAGGCCUCUACCCACCGACCCCCAGGAGGCCGUGCUUUCUAUCCUCCGCGCCUUCAGCACACACGCCCCUGCCCCACUAAGGUACAAUACCCAUCCUUCCCGCCACCCCUGACACAGAGGUCUUGUGCUGCUUAUGUCUAAAGGGAUUACCUAUAUUUAACUGCCUCAGUGACCUAACCUCUUUCUUCUCAUGUGCCAGAUGUUAAGCUGAAGGAGGAACAAAACAUAAUACACAGGCCUCCACUGUUGAAAUAUGUUUUCACUGGGGCUCACUUGUCUUCAUGGCAUUUAUUAUCAGACUGGCAAGCCUAGUGUUUUAGGCUUACAGGAAGUAUGCCUAUUUUUAUAAAACAAUUGUAUAUCCUCCCUAUAUUCUGCAGUGUGGAUGUUUGCCUCUAUUUGCAGCUGUUUCACCAUUUCCUCAUUUGUCUCUAAAUUGAAGGCCUUGGUGGAGGGGACAGCACAGGAACAGCCUUGACAAUUUGUAAUUAUUGUAAAAAUAUUUUAAUAGCAUAUAAAUAAUUAUAUUCCUUUUAUUUUGGAAAAAAACGAUCAGACACUGCCUUUUGUGUGUUUGCUGCCUGUGGCAUCCUUUUUUUAAAAGACUGUUACAUAUUAAAGUAAUGUACAUAUAUACAUAUAUAUAUAUUACCUCUUUUGCUGUACAGUUGUGAUAGACCAGACUGAAAAUUUUAUUUUUUGUGUGCUUUUUAUAAAAAAAUUAAUACACUAAAGAAAAUCUUGCUGAUGUGAUUGUAAUGUACCUAUGUAACUUAUUUACUUUUGGAUGUUCUGUAUCUUUAAACCUUUUAUUAAAUAAGGUUCUGAAAAUUCA